GCACUAGUUGCCAAACAAAGCCUUAGUUCUCACCGUCCAAUACUCCUACCUCCUUUUAUUUUUCCAUUCCCCACUGGACCCCACCUCCCAAUCACCACUCUAAAUUCGAUUCUUACAAAAAAUUUCAUUUCGCGUUAAUUUCAACCUCAUUUCAAUUUCAAUUUCAUCUCAGUUGAAUUUCAAAACCGCUCCUCUCUCUCUCUCUCUCUCUCUUCACUUUCUCUCUCUAGAAAGAUACUGACAUACACAUAUACAUACAACAGGUCCUUCCACAUAAAUACGCAGAGUACAACAAUAUCUAAAACAAUUUCUCUCUCUCUCUCUCUCUCGCUACAAAACAAACCAGGCUUCCCCCUCUUUCGCUUUCUCUCGAUUUUCUCCUCCUAUACAUACAACACUCCUGUAUCUAUAUGUAACUCGCCAGAGAGAACUUUUCGCGAUGACCACUCAAUUUUCUGCUCCGGAUUUUCAUUCUCUGUCACUUCAAGCAAUUGAUCGGUGACGUGUCCGAUUGAUUCUCAGAUCUUCUAUGGAAGCUGCGAUUUUUGGGGAAACCGUUGAUCGGAGCAUUCCGCUGUAGUAAAAUUUAAAAAAACAAUGAAGGGCAUGAAUGGAUUGUCCGUUGAGACGGUGGAUUCCUUCUCCAGUCUGCUCGAAUUCGCUGCCAACAACGAUGUCGAAGCUUUCAGAAGAUCCAUCGAGCUCGAUUUAUCCGGAGUGGAUGAGGCUGGACCAUGGUAUGUUCGUAAAAAAGGGUCGAAGCAGAUCAUACAAGAAGAAAGAACACCAUUAAUGGUAGCUGCUAUGUACGGUAGUGUCGAUGUAUUGAAGCUUAUAGUUGCUCUACCGGAAGUUGACUUGAAUAAACUGUGUGGUCGUGAUAAAUGGACUGCCCUUCACUGUGCUGCUUUCGGAGGGUCAGUUAACGCAUUUCAUAUUGUCAAACUUCUAUUAUCUGCUGGUGCUGAUCCGAAUAUCGAGGAUGCUUAUGGGCAGCGCCCUGUCGAUGUAAUUGUAGCUCCUCCACUGGCUGCUGGUGCUAAAGCUGCCUUAGAGGACUUGCUCGUGAACAACACUUCUGAUGGGUCAGUUGGCAAUUGUAAUUCUAACGCGUCUUCGCCCGUUUUAUCACAGUCAUCAUCUCCAGAGAGUAUGUCACCGACAUAUUCUCCAUCAAAAUUCAUCGACAUUCCUUCAAAUUCAAUUUCCGAGAAGAAACAGUACCCAGUGGACCCGUCUCUGCCCGACAUUCGAAACAGCAUAUACUCGAGCGACGAGUUCCGAAUGUUUUCCUUCAAGGUGAGGCCUUGUUCGAGGGCGUACUCUCACGACUGGACAGAAUGCCCCUUUGUCCACCCUGGAGAAAACGCGCGCAGGCGAGACCCACGGAAGUUCCAUUACAGCUGCGUGCCUUGCCCUGAUUUCCGAAAGGGUGCUUGUAGGAGAGGCGACAUGUGCGAGUAUGCGCACGGUGUUUUCGAGUGCUGGCUGCACCCUGCACAGUACCGCACGAGGCUGUGCAAAGAUGGCACUAGCUGCGGUAGGCAGGUGUGUUUUUUUGCACACACUCAUGAAGAGCUUCGGCCAUUGUACGUCUCUACUGGCUCGGGUGUGCCUUCUCCAAGAUCGGCUACUUUCAUGGACAUGGCUGCAGCUUUGAGCCUUUUGCCUGGUUCGCCCACAUCGCACCCCGCUGCCAUGUCACCGCCUCCAUUCAAUAAUCGAACUCUCUCUCCGACAGCAAAUGGAAUGUCUCAUUCUUCUCCAGCUUGGCCUCAGCCGAACGUUCCGACUCUUCAUCUCCCCGGCAGCAACUUCCAGUCGAGCCGCCUGAGAUCCUCGCUCAGCGCUCGGGAUAUUCCUGUGGAUGACCGGAAUAUUCUGUUGCAGGAUUUUGAUGCGCAGCAGAGGGUUUUGAAUGAUAUGGCGUGUUUCUCGCACCCCUCGAAUUCUUCUUCUAUGUUGAGAAGUUGCGGUCGGUCAAAGUCAACGCUGACCCCUUCGAACCUCGAGGAGCUUUUUUCGUCGGAGUUUGGUUCUUCUUCACCUAGAUUCUCCGACCAGGACAUGGCUCCUGGUUUCUUUUCUCCGACGCAUAAUAAACCGAUCAAUAAUAAUAACACUAACAAUGGGUUUUCUCCUCGAAACGUGGAGCACCCUUUACUGCAGGCUUCUUUUGGUGGCGGUGGUGUUUCUUCGUCUCCGAGGAUGAUGUCACCAAGAAGCUUAGAGACGUCAUCUUCACCAUUGAGCGCUCAUCUCUCCGCUUUCGCUCAGCAAAGACAAAUGCAAGGGCAGGGGCAGGGGCUUGGAUCCAGCUGGGAUAUCGGGUCAACCCGUUCCCCUACAGUCGGGUCGCCCCAUUGGGCCAAAUGGGGUUCGCCCAACGGAAGAGCUGAUUGGUCAGUGGGUGGUGGAGAUGAUCAACGUAUUCUGAAGAGAACAACGCCUUCGGUUGAACAAGGGGAAGAGCCUGACUUGUCAUGGGUGCAAUCUCUUGUCAAAGAAUCGUCACCGCCGGAGAUAUUGGCGGAGAAGCCUCUUGUAGCGGCGGUAUCUGGUGAGUUUUCCAACAUUCGGCUUUAGGGGUGGUCCGGUAAAAAAAACACAAGAAAUUAAUUCAUUUUCGGUUAGAGAAGAUGACUAUUAGGGAAUUAAAAAAAAACACAUCAGAUACAAGUUUUUCUUGGCUGCAGCAAAGCAAAGGUGGAUCCAGCUUUUGAAGUUUUAUUAUCGUUUUAACAUAUUUUUUUUCUCACUCUGAUGAAACAUGUAUUCUACUUAAUUAUUUAUUGAUUAUUAUUAAUAUUAUAUAACAUGAGUUUUCCCAUUUAUUAUCUGUGGGCUGUUGUACUGAAGGAAACCUACACCCCAGUUCUUCUGUACUUGGGAUAAUCCUAAGAUUAUCUUUUUUUUCGAUUUUCGGCUAAUAAUUGAAUCUUUUAUUUACAUGUUCGU